UAAGCGGAAAGUCCGAGGAUCCAGACUCCCAAUGUAACCACAGGUGCAUCCUUUUCCCGCUUCAUCUUGUUGCCUGUCUCGCUGAUCCUCAUGACUCCCCUCUGGCCUUUUUCUCUCAAAGCACUCCUUCUAUCAUUGCGGAUAGAGGAGAACGAACUGCUUUGCGGCUCGCAGUAAAAUAAGAACUUGGCCAACAGACAAGUGAGACAGACGCACUACUCAACGUCAUUCAAUCUCAUAUCGCGAGACCAAGGCUUGGACCUCAGUCACUUCGAUACGAUUCCAGUCCGUCAAACAGUGGAACGGAGAUUCCCUCAGGAUGCGGCCAAAGUCAACCUCACAACAACAGGGCCAAUCCAGCCGUUUGCUGAAACUGCCUCUAGAAAUCCGAGAACACAUCCUUCUCUACCUAGUUCAACCCACCAAACGUGUGAUUCAUCCACACAGUCGUCAGCCGUGGAUUACCGAUAUUUACAGAUACAAAACUCACGCUGCCCCUUCCAUCCUGAGUGUGUGUCAUCAAUUACACGAUGAGAGUCAAACACUCAUCUGUCGUCGAGCACGUCUUGUGGUGUAUCCACAAGCAGAGACUCUUCCGCAACUCCCACGUUUGUUGAUCCGCAAAUUUAUCAAGCACAUUGACAUUGCUAUCCCGCUUCUGGAGCAAGACAGUCGGAUCUCUACUCGGCGGAAAAGGGCCAUGACUUUACUGGCAACUUCACCAGAGAAAGUGGUGGCCAAGGUGGAUGCCGCAUUCCCCGCUGCUAGACAAAUCAGUUUGACCAUGUGUCCCAUGCUAUCGCGCAUGUUACCAGUCCUUGCAUAUACCUCGGGGCGAUGGAACUAUGAGCUUCGAGAAUUGCUCCGCCAGGAAAGCCUUGUCAAAAGGGUGGACAAGGUAAGACUUCAGCUGAAUGAUACAAUGACUAGUACCUUCCUUCGACUUGUCGAAGCCUAUCGUGAAGAGGCCCGUUCACCCUCGUCCACCGUGAGAAGCAAACUUGGAGACCAGUUGAAUAUGAAGCUGGGACACUUGCAUGAGCUUCGAGCGAUGAGAGACCUCGAGAUUUAUUUUACCACACAACUGAGCAAAACCAGCCAUAACCGGCCCAUCAUAUGGGCGAUGCACACCGGCGAAGGAGGGGCUGAUCCGGGCCCGAACACGACAAGUGCCAGUGAAGCAAUGGUGACACGACAUUUGAGGGGUGAAAGGUUGCAAAUGGAAGGGUUGCACGAUAUCCUGAGAGAGAUGCUGCCUUGUCUAGGAGGUGCAAGGCUCAAGCUGUACCGGAUGUUGUACUGGAAAGGAUCGGUCAUGGUAGAAAAGGUCGACCUGGUGAGCCAACUGGAGACCGAAGUGAAGAAGCUGUUGAAACAUAGAACCAUUGUGGGUUCACCGAAUGUUGGGGUUGAUCCAGAAGCGGACUUGAUGAGUUUACGGAGUCGCGAGUGAAAGGUCGAACCGCUGUCAAUAUUGAUCCAGGGGCUCGAAUUCAGAAGGGGGUGAUGAGAUCAUGAUAGCAAGGGAUUCAAGGAUAUUUAAGGAAGAAAGCAGGAGUCAUUCGCAUAUAUGUAUCGUCUGGAGUCGAGGUACAGCAUUUUCAGGGUUAGCAAAAGUCACCACAUUCUGUCAGGAUGGAUAGGAAAAUGACAUGUUGUUUUCUUGAGUCGAAGUCGAAAUAGCAUCCAUUAGCACC